AUGCGAUUAUCAAGACUUCCGUGGUCGGCAGGUUCUUUUCUAAAUUUACUUUUGCUACCUCUCGCUCUGGUUUCUGCAGAGGAACAUAGCUCCUACGAUGAGAAUUUACUACUGAGGACACUUCCGGGAAACUCCGUGCUUGCGUCAUUCCGGUUCGUGAGUAAUGGCACCUUCAAUAGUCACCACUCUGUCUUUCCUCGCUCCCUCGCACAAAUCCUCCAGCAUUCACAAACGAAGGAACUGCAUCUUAAAUUUACGUUAGGGCGCUGGGAUGCCGAGCGCUGGGGGUCUCAGAUCUGGGAUGGACGGACGGCUGGUGGUACGGGUGUAGAGCUGUGGGCGUGGGUAGAAGCUGGUUCUGACGCUGAGGCGGAUGCAAGAUGGACUACGCUCAACAAUGCGCUGUCUGGGUUGUUUUGUGCAUCUCUAAACUUUAUAGACAGUACCCGUACGAUCAGACCGGUAAUGAGCUUUCAACCGGACGGGCAUCAUGCUGAGGAUAUUAAGGAAAGAUUGCAUUUGCUCCACGGGACGCUCCCGAGGGAACCUGUCUGUACGGAGAAUUUAACACCGUUUUUGAAGCUGUUGCCUUGUAAGGGAAAGGCAGGAAUUAGUAGUUUACUAGAUGGACAUAAACUGUUUGACGCGAAAUGGCAGAGUAUGAGUAUCGACGUCACACCGGUGUGUGAGGAAAUGGAUGGAGUAGAGAAAUGUCAGCUGCAGAUGGUACAAACAGUUGAUAUGGUUCUCGAUGUUGAACGAUCAUUGAGAAAAAAAGAUUCUGUAAUCCCACGACCACCACACCUAGAUCAAAUGAUCUGCGAUCCCAAUAAGUUCUACUCUGGCAGCGACUCCUGUUUCCCCCUGGAUGACAUUUCUGAUCUCUCCUGGUCACUCUCUGAGAUGUUUGGGCGCCCUAUUCGCGGUUCCUGCCCUCUAGCAUCCCUCCCCACAUCUCAAUCGAUCAAUGUCUGCGCCAACGUCCCUGAUCAACGUGCAAUCUAUGUCUCCGCUGGUGGGACUGAAGUCCGUCGGGGCGAUAACAUGCGAUGUUUUAUCCUCGAAGAGAACACAGACUUUGAUAUCAUCCUUCCUGACCAAUCCCCUGCAAUUCCGCUCCCGAAUAUCGAACCACCACUGUACGCAUCGCGCUCCUUCACAGGACAUGGGCAAGAGCGUGGUGGUGUCCAAGCUGUCUUGAGAAAUCCUUCCCCAGACAGACAUGUCGAGUUUGUAUACCUGGAAUCUCUGCCGUGGUUCAUGAAGCCAUAUCUUCACACGUUUUCUGCAACCCUUGAUCCACCAAUUGAGACCCAAUGGGAGGAGAAAAUAAUCCAAGAGAUCUACUAUCGUCCUGCCCUCGAUCGCCGUCGUGGUACUCAAUUGGAGGCUAGAAUGAGGAUUCCGCCAAAUUCCACGGUUCUGGUGACUUAUGAUUUUGAUAAAGCUGUUCUCCGGUACACGGAGUAUCCGCCGGAUGCUAACCGUGGCUUUGAUAUUGCUCCUGCUAUUAUAUCGAUACUAGCCCCCCGAAACAGCCAAACCAUCUUUUCCAUUCGUACUACUUCUCUUCUCCUCUCGCUCCCAACCCCUGACUUCAGCAUGCCCUACAACGUCAUCAUCCUUACCAGCACGGUGAUGGCACUUGCAUUUGGCACAGUCUUCAACCUGCUAGUAAGGCGCUUCGUAGGCGCAGAUGAGUCUGUGAGAACGAACCCCGUUCAAGUGUUGAAAGUGAAAAUUAUGGCGGCAGUGAAGCGGAUUAAGGCUAAAAGGGAAAGAGGUGGAAAAGCGGAAUUGGCAAAAAAGAAUGAAUAA